UUAUCACAAACUGAGUUUGGAGUUCAGUCUGAUGCUUGAUGGAAGCACACAUGCCUCAGAACGCCUUGGUGAUUGUGCGAUAUGGCCCGUAUGCAUCGUGUGGCACCGUGGAGCAUAGAACGUUCCGUCUGAAGGGCCUUGAAGCCGCAUUAACGGAGGAUGGCCAUCGCUGCGUCCUCGAGAAAAUACCAGACUGGAACGAAGUGGAGCUUGUUGUCAAUGGCGAAUGUGUUCUUGCAUGUAAGAUACAGGACCUUGAAUUUGGAGGAGAUGGUAGACUGGACCCACUUUGCCAGGAAGCGAAAAGCGCCGUGAAGGAGGCGUACUGAGCUAGGCGGAAAUUCCUUUUUUUUUAUACGAGGAAUGUUUCUAAAUGUAC